CUCUCAUCCCUCCUUCUCUCCUCUCAUCCCUCCUUCUCUCCUCCCUCUCUCCCUCUCCUCCCUCACAGCCAUUAACCCUCUCUCCUCUCAUCCCUCCUCCACUCCUCUUCAGACCCCUUAUUAACCCUAGGUUAACCCUCUCUCCUUCUCUCCUCUCAUCCUCCCUCAUCCUUGUUAGGGUUCAUCUGGGUCUGACAAACAGACUGGCUGUGAGCUCCACAAUAAUCUAACCUGCCUCACUCCCCAGCCUGUCUCAUCCCCACACCUGUCUGAAAUAUGCAAUAAACCCCCAAACUUCACCGCUCUCUCCAUAUCUGUGUCCCUCCCCUACCUCCAUCCCCCUCUCUCUCCACCUGUGUCCCUCCCUACCUCAUCCCUCUCUCUCUCCACCUGUCUCUCCCUACCUCCAUCCCUCUCUCUCCAUCUGUGUCCCUCCCUACCUCCAUCCCUCUCUCUCCACCUGUCUCUCCCUACCUCCAUCUCUCUCUCCCUCCAAACUUCACAUCUCUACAUCUGUGUCCCUCCCCCCUCCAUCUCCCCUCUGAACAGACAGACAUAAGGUUGGGGAUUGGUUACUAUGGUUACUUUUCUGUUUAUUUUUGAAUGAGUGAAUCCCAACCGUCGUUAAACCUCCAUAGAAACAAAUGAAAUCAAACUAAAUGUUGAAGGUCAAAUAUGAUGAAGACUGGACGUUGGUGGAACAUAACAGAUGACUGCACUCGCAUGAUGAGUGACCUCUGACCUGAUGCCUUGAGGCUUUAGCUCAGUGGGCUACAGGACCACGGCUCCCAGUACUGCAGUAUGAGUGAUCUCUGACCUGAGACCUGAUGCCUUUAGCUCAGUGGGCUACAGGACCACGGCUCCCAGUACUGCAGUAUGAGUGAUCUCUGACCUGAGACCUGAUGCCUUUAGCUCAGUGGGCUACAGGACCACAGCUCCCAGUACUGCAGUAUGAGUGUGUUGGUAACAGUGGAGAGGUUGUUCGUUGUGUAAAGAUGGAAACAGAGUAUUGUAACUUCCUGGCUACUAAACAUUAAUGACAAAAUACUGUGUAAAUAAGAUUCUAUUAAAGAAACUAAAUUGAAAAUAAAGUUGAGUUCCAACUUGUCUUUAUUCUGGAGAAGAACUGGUGCAAAUCAUAAUGGAGGGUUCAUGAGAAACGCCUUAACAUACACUACACAUAGACAUUUGUUAAAAACAAACAUGCCCUGAAUCUCAUUGCUGAUAUGACCUGUAUAAUUGAAUGUUUUGUAUACAGUAUAAGAUCUGACGUUUGUUCAAAUAUAUAUUCUUCAACCUGUGUGUUUGGUUAUGUUCUUUGUUAAAUAUGCAUUUUAAAUGUAUCAUUUAACUCCCGUAUAUGUUUGAUUAAAUGGAAAAGUUCAAGAAAAAAAAUAAAGAAAAAAAAUAAUGAACCGUAAGUAGGAACCUUGAGCGAUGUACCUUGGUAAUCAGGGGACUGACAACAACGACGGACCAGGAAGCGACAUUUUCGAAUUAGCAAGAAAUGUAAAAGGUUUAUAAACUUUGAAAUGCAGUGAGAAUUCUAAAAUUGUAUUCAACCAAUAUUUAUGAGAUUAGUCUCGUUUCGCAAGAAAGAGGGACUUUCCGUCCGCGCUAACAUUUCUAGUAAGUUAAGUUAGACCAUAGAGGUGUCGUCAUUGUGCUCUCAGCCAUGUGGGGGGAGAUCGACCCUGUUCCCGAGCCCAGUCCGCCUGUCAGCGUUGAACCAGUGUUCUGCAGACAGCCCGACCCCCGGAGACCACAGCCCGACCCCAGGGGAACCGGACCAGCUUCUAGCUGCUCUGAAACCGCCCACACCGAGGAGGACGAGCCGCAGGACAACCAGGCGGAUCCCAUCGGUGUGUGUGCCAUGGUGGAGGUGGUGGCUGUGAGUGGUAUUCAGGUGAAGAGCCAGCAGGUCGGUGAGGCAGAACUGACCAUAGCCCAGCGGAGAGAGGAGCUGCUGAGACAGUACCGGACCAAGCCCCUGGUGUUCCUGGAGCGAUACCAGGCCCACCUGAAGCCACAGCACCUGUCAGUAUUCUGCCAUCUGACUUCUGACCCCCGGGCGCAGUACUACUGCCGGGAGGUGAGGCGGAGAGCAGCGGGACGGACCAACAGGACCCGGGUACGCAACCAACGCUACGCUGCCCUCAGGGAGCUGCAGAGGGAGGGCCAGUACUUCAGUGAGGACCAGAUGAGAAGCCGGGAGCCCCUACUGUAUGAGCAAUACAUCGGCCAAUACCUGACAGAGGAGGAGCUGCUACAUCGCUCCCUCGAGGCCAUGCAGGGAGGAUCAGGGGAGGAGCGGGGGCCGGGGGGAGCAGAGGGGGGGCUGGCCCACCUCCUCCUCACCUCCUACCAGGAGAGACUGAUCCAGAGCCGGCUGCAGGAGGAGCAGGACAGGGAGGAGGAGGAGGAGGAGGGGGAGGAGGGUAAGACACAGCAUCAACAAGGGAAAUAUAAGAAUAGCAAAGUACUGUGUGUGUGUGUGUGUGUGUGUCUCAUGGUACUGUGUGUGUGUGUGUCUCACGGUACUGUGUGUGUGGUGCCUCCAGGUGGAGGGUUGGGGGCAGAGGGCUAUGAGCCAACACCCCAGGAGAAAGCUCUGCUCAGGGACGAGUUCAUCACUCAGAUGUACCAACGCUUCCUGGACGGACACGACAAAGACUUUAACUACAGUGAAGUGGACGGGAACCCCGACUACGACAACCUGGACAUCGUCAACAGAGAUGCAGAGGAGAAGUACUUCGAUGAGGAUGAAGAGGAGGAUGAGGAGGAAGAGGAGGACAUGACUAUAGAUGUGUCAUGACAGCAGCUGUCAUUGGACUGUAAAUAUAUUAACUUCUGUAAUAACUAUACUAUGUAAUGUUUCUACUCUGUUAUUCUCCUCACAUUCAUUUAAUAUUCAGUUUGCAUGGAUAGCAAUAAAUCAUGUGUGUUUACGCA